CUUCUCUCCAGGGAGAAUGGCGUGAGACUGUACCAACCGGAGUGACUGAGAGAGUGUGUGUGUAUGUAUGUAUGUAUGUAUUCUAGACGGUGGCGAUACCAUAUCUCUACACUCGUCUUUGCAUGCUUCACCAACUCAUUCUAAAGAAAACCCAAAACCCAAAUCGCUAAAACGCCAAUGAUACACCACCCUACACAGGAGAGUGUACAUGAGAAAAAAGGAGAAUUAAAGCACCUUCAUCCGGGCUUUGGGGAAUCCGGGACCGACCCAGAUGAUAAAAGCGGGUAAUUUCUCGUGGGUAAUUUUCUGUUCCGUGUUUUAUCUGAUCAGUUGGUCUCCAUUGUUGCUUUGAUCGCGUUUUUUUUUUUUUUUUUUUUUCCUUUGUUGUGAAAUAUAUAUCAGUGUAAUUUUUGUUGUUACAUUACUGCGCGGGAUUUGUUUUUGUGUUGAUUGUGUUUGUGGUGCGAUGGUUGAGAGAGAUGGGGUUGGAGUGAAGAUGAAGGAUGAUGAGGAGGAGCUGGAGAUGUUGUUGGAUGAGAUCCCUCAUGCAACAUCUUUCAAUCUGAAUCAUCUUCAUAGCAAUGGGUGUGAUGGGUCAUAUGUGAGGCGAAAAUUGUAUGAUCAUACCUGCAGUGUUUCCCCUCUCAGAGGGGUUUUAGUGAAAUCUGAUGGCUCUGGUGGUGGAUCACCAGCUCCACCUCCCAUGGAAGAGCUAAAACCCAGUGUGGUUUCUGAUCAUUUCAAGGGGUUGCAGAUCAAUCAUGGAAUUGGUGGUAUGAGGGCGGAUGGGAAUGGGAAUGGGAAUGGGAAUACUUUCAGUGAUCUGAAUUUGGGGAAGAAUUUUAGUAGUAGAUUGUAUAUUAGUGGGGAGCAAGAGAGUGGGUCGAAAACCAGCUUUUCUGAUCGGGGUGUUAGAAUGGUGCCUGAAAAGUUUAGGGGAAUCGGUGAUCAGAAGAUGGGCGUUUCUGAUUAUAGAGGAUUUGUAUCAUCUGCUCCUGUACCGCAAAAUCCAAUAGGUGUUAAUAGUCAGGUGGGUUCUCCAAUGCCCGUUGGAUUGUCGUAUGAUUGUGGGUUUGGUAAUUUAUAUGCAACGCAAUAUCUUUCUGGUCUAUCGAACGGAUUGGUUUCGCAAUUGAAUCCGAAUAGUAGUGCUAUGGAUUCCCAGCUCUACCAAACUAAAGUGCUGGCCGGUCAUCUCUAUCACGUGGGAAUUCCAUUGUCGGAUUUGCCUGGUUCUGUAAUGUGGAAUGUCUCACAUGCUCCGCAAAAUGGAAGGUCUAUAGCUGGAGAGUUCCCGUUUGUGCCUCACAGAAAGUCUCACAUUGAUGCAGAGAAUGCCUUUUACUCGCAUCAACAUUUGUCAAAUGGAAGGGGGAACGUGACCCAGAGUGCUAGAAUGCCUCAAGGGAAUAUCGAGGCUUUUGCUAGGGAUGAUAGCUUGAUCGUGCAAGGGGAAAGCUUAAGUUGCACUGAAAAAAACGCCCGUCCACUUUCAAUUGGACACGACAAGGCCAGGCCUCAAGAAAAGAGGUCACAACAACUAUACGGUAGUCCCAAGAGCAAAGGCAUUCAGGAAAGCGGGCGAAGCAGUGGGCUUUAUCUCCCUUUCUCUCUGCCACUCAAGCUUAGCUCGUUGAGAGAAGUUCAAGGAUAUAUUUCUCACAUGGCAAAGGAUCAAUAUGGUUGCCGAUUCUUGCAAAGGAUUUUUGACGAGGGAACUCCCCGAGAUGUUCAAAUAAUAUAUGAUGAGAUAAUUGAUCAUGCCGUUGAACUUAUGAUGAACCCAUUCGGGAAUUACCUUAUGCAAAAACUGUUGGAAGUGUGCAAUGAAGAACAAAGAACGCAAAUACUACUAAGGGUUACUGAGGAUCCCGGUCAACUUGUCAGCAUCUCUUUAAAUACCCAUGGGACUAGAGUAGUGCAGAAGCUGAUCGAAACGCUGAAGACCAGGCAGCAAAUUUUGAUACUCAUUUCAUCGCUCGAACCAGGAUUUCUUGAUCUUAUCAAGGACUUGAACGGUAACCAUGUUGUUCAGAGGUGCUUGCAAUGCUUUAGUAAUGAAGACAGUAAGUUCAUUUUCGUUACUGCUGCUAAGUACUGCGUUGAUAUUGCAACACACCAACACGGCUGUUGUGUUCUGCAAAGGUGCAUUACUCAUGCAACGGGGGAGUAUCAAGAAAACUUAGUUGCAGAAAUUUCUGCCAAUGGACUUCUUCUCGCUCAAGAUGCAUUCGGAAACUAUGUUGUUCAGUUUAUAUUGGAGUUGAAGAUCCCAUCCGCCACGUCCAAGCUGAUAUCGCAGUUCGAGGGCAACUUUGUGCAUCUCUCAACCCAGAAGUUCAGCAGCCACGUCGUUGAAAAAUGCCUGAUUACAUGCGACGUUGAAGUCCAGUCAAAGAUCAUCCGCGAGCUCGUCUCUGCAACGCACUUCGAGCAGCUGCUCCAGGACCCCCACGCAAACUAUGUUAUCCAAACAGCGCUUCGUGUUUCUGAGGACUGUCUUCACAAGCUAUUGGUGGAUGCAAUCGAGUCCCACAAGUCAAUCUCGCGCAACAGUCCCUAUUCGAAGCGGAUUUUCUCUAACAAGCUGUGGAAGAAGUGAUGCAAAAUCAUUCGCUCGUUUGGGGCAAAAGAAGGUUUGUUAGAAGCUCUGCUCUUCUUUUAUCAUUCCACUCUUUACUGAUCAUGAGAAGUAGUAGCAAAUAAAUGAUCUGUUGUCAAUUUUGCUCUGUAAUAUUUAUCCCACUCGCCUGCUUUUUCUUUCCAAGAAUGGGUGACUGUAAAGAACAUGGAAUCGCCAUUUACGUUGCUUGAAAUAUAUAUAGAUUCAUUUGU